CUGCCGGCGCGCGAGGGUUCCAGCAUUCUGAUUGCCGAUUGGAUUGUUAUACGGCAGCUUUUGGGCGGGAAACUGCGCCUCUGUCUGUCAGUAGCGAUCGCCUCAUGUCAGGAAUAAUUCGCAAAGUCAAUGGCGUCAAUGCAGAAGAUAAAGUGUCCUCAAAGCCAAGAAACAUGUGGGUGGUCUUCCAUCUUUCCAGUUGAAGUAAAAACACCUAUCCAGUCUCUGAUAUUUAUAAAACGGAUGAUGGCAAUUUCGGUGUCUUGCAUUACUUACCUACGUGGCAUUUUCCCAGAAGAUGCAUAUAGAAUGCGAUAUUUAGAAGAGAUUGGUAUAAAAAUUUUGAGAGAAGAUAGUUCAUACCCCCAGGCAUCAAAACUGAUAAAAUGGAUGAAGGGAUGCUUUGAUGCAUUAGAAAAGAAAUAUCUGCAAAUGGUGAUACUUGGAGUUUACAAAAAUACAGACGACCCCAGUAGCUUGAUUGAGUCUUAUCAAUUUAAGUUUAAUUACACCACAAAAGGACCUCAGAUGGACAUUGUUAGCGACAGAAAGCACCUUCUCAAAAACUGCACUAUGGAUGACAUAAAGAGCGCAUCAAUCUCUCUAAUCCGAAAAAUAUUCUUCCUGAUGCACAAUCUGGGACCCCUGCCCAGCGACGUCUCACUGACCAUGAAACUCUUCUACUACGACGCAGUGACACCCGUGAUGUACCAACCUCCGGGCUUUAAGGAGGGGGAGAAUCAUACAAUACUGUUUGAAGGUAACCCCGUGCAGGUGAAGCUGGCAGAGGUGUCGACGUCAUUCCACUUGAUAAAAGUCCGCGUUACCACUGAGCAGGAAAGAAUGGAAAAUCUUCAGCAUCGAUCGGUACUAAAGGAAGAGAAAGAGAAUGCAGAGCCACAGAAGGUAUAUUCUGUUCAUGGAAAUACCGCUGCCAGGAAACCUGAAGUAAAGACCAGGAAACCUAAAGUGAACAGAACAUCUAGGAAGAGAAGGCAGAAAAGACUUUAAUGCCUUUCCAAGUAACACUCUACUGCUUUGUGUUUAGGUUUUGAAGCACAGAAUACUCCAGUUACCCGUUACUGUAUUUUACUUCUCAUACUCCUAGCGCCAGAAUAAAAUGACUUGUUUUUCAAGAGGAAACAA